CACCCGCUCGCAGCCAGCUCCCGAAAAGAACAAUCCGCGCUUGCUUCACCGCUCUUUUAUAUUUUACUGGGUUCCCCCAUUUCUACCCAGCCGCAAGACUCCUCGUCACUGUACACAGAUCUCGCUACUCUCGUUGCCAUUUCUUUCCGUUUCACUUUCAGCCUCCAGUUCGAAGUCCCCUCCUCUCUCUACUCCAGAGUCCAGAGCGGCUUCUUCUUCUUCUUCUCAAGCAUCACCAAGAAUAACUGCCUGCUUCCUUGUUUUGCAAUUCGUACGUCAUCCUAUUCCUAUUUAGCUUCUUCUUUCGGUUCCCCCCUUUUCUUUCUACUAGAGUGGUUCCUAUCCUUAUUUUGCUGCCAGUACUAGGUUUCGUGCGUUUGCUUGUGGGUGUGGUGGUUGGGGGCGGGUGGGAAUUAUCCAGAAGUAAUGGGUUUUCUUUUCUUUUUAAAUUGAACUUGUGAGUUCGAGUGAAGAGGAAGUUCUUGGAAAAUAUUGGCUGUCCAUGUGAUUCUGAUUUGUGUGUGGAGUUAAUAAUUUUGAUUUCCCAAGUGGGUUUCGUCUCGGUCUCUUGAUUUUCCUUUUCUAUUGGGUUGUUGGUCCUUUUCCUGCAGAACCUUGUGUGACACUCAAAUGAUUAGAUUUCCCAUUUCAGUGAUUUGGGUUUCCCUGGUUAAGUAAAAGUGAGUACAUGGUGGGUUCUCAUUGGGAGUGAAUUUGCGGAAUUAAGACAUCUUGGUAGCUAUGACUAGGGUUCUCUACUGAGAAUUACUCAUGUAUAUGUGAAAGAUACAGUAGGAAUGAAUGAACUCUUAUUGUUGGUAAAUGUAAGUUGUAAUCUUGAGGAAGUGAAUGUUCAUGAACAGACGAACAAAUUGGGAAGCUUUAGAUCUUUAACAUGGUUCUGAUAGUCCUGGUGCUGGAAAGAUUCGGUUUUACUAGCCUCGUCCUCAUUUUGUUUGAAAUCGAUUGAUCGACUUAGUUAUCUUCACGAAGUGUUUUUGGGUGAAUCUGACUCUGCUUGUGACCUGUUUGUUUAAUGUCUCAGAGAAUGGAAUCUCUACCUGAUGCCAUUGUCCAAUCCAUCUUCUCAUACAUGAACAAUGCUAAGGAUGUAGCCAUUUGCAAUUCGGUAUCAAAGAGUUGGAAGGAUUCAUUGCCUUACAUCAGAAGCCUCUACUUCCCUCGAAGCUCUUUCGAUAACUACAAUGGUGUUGACCAUCCUGAUACUAUCGUGUGGAGAAUGGUGGCUGCUGUUGUUCGAUUGGAAGAGCUUGUCGUAUACAGCCCAUUCACCUGCAAAGGCCUGGCCUCCUGGCUGUUGCUUGCUGGGUCAUCACUCAGGCAGCUCGAGCUUAGAAUGGAUAACAUUGCCGAGUACCAACAAGGUUGCAGUGAGGCCCUGAACUCAAAGGUGGACUGUCUUGGUUAUGCCAGGAACCUUGAGUCCCUCAAGCUUUGGGGUGUCCUCCUGAUGAAUGCCCCCAAGUGGGAUCUCUUUCCAAAGCUUCAGAGCCUUGAAAUUGUUGGAGCUAGGUUGGAGGAUUCUGCAUUGUCCUCUGCACUCCAGGCAUGCCCUAAUUUGAAAACAUUGGUGCUCCUUGGCUGUGAAGGGAGUAGCAACGUGUCUAUUGACUUGCCCCAUUUGCAGCAUUGCAAGCUGGACUUUUAUGGUGCAGGGAACUGCUCAUUCACCUUGAAUUCCCCCAGAGUUGAGGUGCUUGAGAUACAAGGCUGUAGUUGGAUUAGGGUUCGUGAGACCAAAUGCUUGAAGAAUCUUACCAUCUCCAACAGUGCAGGUAGAGUAUACAUGGUUGACUUUGACAAACUCGCGGCGCUUGAAUCCUUAACUAUGAGAGGAAUCCAAUGGUGUUGGGAUGCCAUCAGAAAAAUGCUUCAAUGUGCAAGUGAGGUGAAGCAGCUGUUCAUGAAGGUUGAGUUCACCGGGGAUUUUGAUUCCCUUGAUCCUUUCCCAGAGGUUGAUUUAGUGGAUUUCUUCAAUAGCCAUCCCAAGCUGCAAAAGUUUGAUAUCCAUGGAGCCAUGUUUGCAUCUCUUUGCCACAAGAACAGUCUUAGAAAUCUGGACUCUGGAUUUGUAAUUCCUUCACUGGAGGAGGUGGUGGUCACAGUGAGGUCACCAUUGAAAGCUGAACAAAAGAUCAACACUCUAGAGUCGCUGUUGAAGUAUGGGAGGAACAUGAAGACAAUGGCGAUUAGGAUCCUUCAGAUGAAGAGCAGCCAUAGUAGUGCAGAUGAUUUCUUUGACGACAUUUGCAGGUUUCAACGCCUAAAUCACAAGAUAGUUCGAAUAGAAUGAUUAAUCAUUAUUUAUUUGUUCUGACUAAAACUGUUCAUUGAAAGUAGGUGUCUUCAUCAUUUCCACCUUUCUAGCUUACUUGUAGAUUCACCAAGCUAAAACUGUUUUCCCAUGUCAAGGGCUGAGGCUGUUUCCUCUUUUCUGUUACUUUAGCACAUCAUUAUAGGUCUUGGGGUUGGAAUACUACUACUUUGUAGUAAUCUCUGUUCUCUUGACUUCGAGUAGUUACUGAACUAUGACUGAAUUCAGCUCGCUUUUCCCAUUUCAUGGCUUUUCAGAGCAUUCUCUGUUAUCAUUACAUAGUCAUUGCACAAUCCAACUUCUGAGAAUUUGUAAGGAUUGAGUUCUUAAUUCGUUAAGAUGGUUGAAAAAACUCAUUUCUAGAUUUCCCAAAUUUUUAAUGGUGAUGACAUUGGGCAGUACAGCAGUCGAUUGCUUGAACUAACUCAUUGAUAGAUGUUCCUAUUGGAAGAGAAUAGGGGUGGCAAGAAUAUUCACUAACAUGGUUAAUUGAUGAACUCGAUAUGGUUAAAUAAGGUGAAACUCGAAUUAAAUCAAUUACUCGAUGUAUAGAUAAAUUUUGAACUUGAAU